AUGUCUCUUCAAGACAAACCAAUUGAUGAUAAACCAUCGAACGAGAGACGAGAACCACCAAGAAUAAGAAUCAAUCGUGAACAAAUCGCUCUUAUUCUACUUCAUCGUCAAAUUAAUCCGUCGCAAUCUAUUGCUGAUGACAAUGAUAUUCGUCCAAUCGAGAAGAUUUUACGUCAAUUAACUGAUAAUUUACAUUUAUUUUCCAACAACAAUGACUGCCUUUCCUACGCUGAAAAGGCCAAAGAUCAAACAAUAUUUAUAAUCAUCGAUAGCUCGUAUGCAUCAGCGGAUUUCUUGGGAAAACUUCACACCAUGCAGCAAAUAAAUUCAAUUUCUAUUUUCUGUCAAACCAAGGAUACGCCCCUUCCGGUCUUGUCUGCCACAGACUAUUGUAAAAUAGUAAAUGUGUCCGAUGAACAAGAUAAUUUAACCUCGAGUGUUGAACACAUCACUGAUUAUAUUGAUAAUCAAUCAACCAUAUUUACUGUAUGCGACCAAGACAAGCAGAUGUCGACUCGUGAUGUCGACCAAGAAUCGGGAAUGUUUAUUUUCUUUCAACUAGUGAAAAAGGUUAUUAAAAAAAUGCUACCAAACGAAGAUGCCGUACGCAAGAGUAAGGAAGAAAUGAUUAACAAAUGUCGUCUUGAUUGCAAAGAUAGCACAAAGGAUCUUGAGAAUAUCAUCAGAUUUGAAAAUGAAUAUACUGCCGAUCAAGCGAUUCAAUGGUAUACGAAAGACUGCUUUAUUUACAAGCUUAUCAACAAAGCUUUACGAACCGAAGACAUUGAACCCUUGUAUACGUACCGUUUUUAUAUAAAUGAUCUUAGUGCAUGCUUAGUCGAGCGUUGUAAACUUCUACGAGAAAAGACGGCAAAAAUUACGGUUUAUCGCGGCGCAAAGAUAUUCAAAGCUGAAAUCGAUCGACUCGAGCAGAAUAAAGGACAUUUAAUUUCGACGAAGGGAUAUUUUUCAACGAGCUGGAAAAGAGCAGUAGCGGAAAUUUUUGCAGGCGUUGAAGGAAAUAAUCGAUCCCAUUCCGAUCAAUAUCAGUCCAUUCUAUUUGAAAUCAGCGUGGAUUUAGAGAAAUAUCCUGAAAUCGUCCUUGCGGAUAUCCAGAAUAUUAGUUUACACAAAGAUGAAGAAGAAGUACUCUUUGAUCUGGAUACGGUAUUCAAACUUGAAUCCAUUACAUAUAACGAUACUUUAUCGUAUUGGACAUGUUUGAUGUCGGCAAGUAACGAAGGUCGUAUUAUUGUCAGACAAUAUCUUGAUUUUAAAGAAAAAGAACUAGACAAUUCGGAUGACAAUGAAGUUGCAUUCGGCAAUCUUUUGUUUGACAUGGGCCAGUGGUCUAAAUCCCGAACAUAUUUCGAGAAUCUUGCNCGUAUUUUUGUACAAAAUAGUAAUCAGCGAGACGUCGCCAAAUGUCAAUAUCUCAUCGGAUUGAGCCAUCUGUCACUUAAUGAUAUCGAACAGGCAACCACUGCAUUGGAACAAGCACUGCAUAUGCGAACAAACGCUUUGCAUCCUGAUCAUCCUGAUUUAGCUUUCAGUCAUCGGUCCAUGGGCGAUUUAUACAUGUGUAAGAAGAAUGAAGUCAAAGCUAUCGAACACUUCAAGUUGGCGCUGGCAAUUUGGGAGAAACGUCUGCCUUCCGAUCACGAUCAGUUAGUAGAUCUGAAAGAUAUAUUGGCACACUUUAAACCAUAA